UCUCUCUAGGUUAUUUGGUCUAUAAAAACAUCCGUCUCCAUACUUUUCUUAAGCGGAAUUCUACGCAGUUUUGUGACUCUGAGCAGCUAAACAAUCUUCCGCUGUUGUUAAAUCGAAAUUGAAGUUUCUUAGUUGCAUUUCUUCCAUGCGUCUAUUUUUCUUCUUUCAACAAUAGAGUCUAUUUGUUAUCUAGAAAGCCAAUUUGCAGAGCAAGAGCGUCUCUCCAAUGGCGGAUUUCUUGCAUUGAAGGUUGGCAAUAUCAUUAUGCGUUUCUCCGUGCCUUUCAAACUUCUGUGUUGAUUACGGCCUCGAACAAAUCGCGACAUUCCGUUAAAUAAUUUAUCAUCCCUAACCUCGAUCUCGAAACUUGUCUAAAUCAGCUUUGUGAUUGAUUGUAGUGAAUAAAACAUAAGAACAUGCACCGGUGACGGCGUCAUUAAUGUAAAUUUUCCGGCGCCGGUUCCAUAGUGCAUAAAGAGAAAGCUGAGCAAGAAUCAGCGGCGGCCAGACAACCGCUGAGAUGCGAUCCACAGAUGAGUUUUCCCGAUGUGGAACUUGUCUACUAAUACCGUCUUACAUACAAUAAGGAGUACAUAAUUCGUAUUUCAGAGGUUAUAGUGGAGACAUAAAUUUUAAAUAAUGUUUAAAGAAAAAUUGAAAUAAAGUGAAGAUAAAAUUGUAAUCUAUAAAUAAAAAAUUCAUUUUGCAGCUAAUUAUAUACGUAUUUAUUUGUAAUCUAAAUCUAAUAAAAUCAGACAAAUUUUAAAUCUCGGUUGAUUAAUUUUAUGUCAUUGAAUUAUCGUAAUAGACGUAGUAUCAUCAAAAUUAUUCAGAUCGGAUUUGCAUUUCGAUAAUGGACGUUGUCCCAAUGAUAUUGAUCUGGACUACCGGAUAUGCAGAUGAUCAUAACUGGUUUAUAAACAGGGCCGGUUUGAUAAUUUAAAAGACCUGGUCCAAUCACACAAAUUAGCCCCUUAUAUCAGAUAAUAAAACGGUUUUUCAAAUACCAAAAAGCAAUCUUCAAAAAUAAACAAAAAAAGGACUACAAUCAAAUCAGAGAUUCAGGUUAUUGAACUUUAACAAAAUCUAAAAUAAAAAAAGAAAUGAAUAAAAAACAUAACCUGAAAAAUUGGACAAGAAAAAGUGAAUGAUUUGAAAAUUUGGACAAGAAAAUUGAGUCGUUUGACGAAGCCAUUUAAUUAAGCAAUCAAUUAUUUUGAUUUUUUGAAAAAAUCAUAAAGAGAAUUCUCAUAGUUCAAACCCUUAAAUAUGAGAAACAUAAAAGUGGAGAAAGAGAAACAUAGAAGUGGAGAAAGAGAAAGAGCAAUGUUGAAAUGCUCAUAGGGACUUUUGGAGGGCGGGUUAUAGCUUUUCAUUUAAUUAAAUGAAUAAUUCUCAAAAUAUUGUUGAGUUUUUUUCCUAUUUAAUGUUAAUUAAUUAAUUAAUUACGAAAUUAGGACUCGGUUAAAAGUAUUUACCAAAAUAUUGCUGGAUUAACCAUGGUCGGGGUAAGUCGUCCAACCGUUGGGCGACUUUCCCUUAAGUAAAAAUCGGGACACGCCCCAAAAUAGAACCCUGCGUAAACAUCACUCCCCAAAUCCCCCAAGCCGCACCGACGAUAGACGAAGGAAGACGACGACCGAGCUCGUAUCCAACUCCAGCGAACCUCCAUUUCCGGCCUCCCCACUCCGGCAAACCUUCACCUUCUUCUGCAACACUCCUUCUUUCUUCUAGGUAAAUAAAACUCCAUUUCAUCUCAUUUUGAACUUAGGGUUUUGAAUGUUAAAAAUUUCGAAUUUUUGGAUUAUGAAUUGAUUGUGAAUUAAGUUGUUGUGAAAUAUGGAUAUGUAUGAAAUGUUGAAAUUUGAUUUUAAAUUGAUUGUAAAUUUAAUGUGUAUUUUGACAUUUGGGCAUUUGGGUAGACUUGAAUGUAGCUAAAUUUGGGUAUUGAAAUGUAGACUUGAAUGUAGUUAUCAAAAUUUGGGUAGUUUCAUAUUGAGAUGUGAAUUGUUGGUCAAUUUCGACUUUUGAAUAUAUUACAAUUUUGGUAGCUUUUUUAUUUAGGAAAUUUGAAUGUGUAUAAAGUGUGUAUAUUGAUGCGUACUCAUGAAUUUUGGAUAAUGAAUUGUUAUUAGAAUAUGGAUUUCUCAAGCUUCCCAAUCGUGUGUCAUUGGGGAGGGAACUAUUACGAGGAUGCUGGGCAAAUAUGCCAUGAAGGUGGUAGAACCAGCUUUGUCAUGGUUUCUCGUGGCGCUUGCAUGCUCGAGAUCCUUCAAAAAAUACAUGCAGCCACAAUGAUUCAUCCUAGUCGUUCUUUGCGGUUGAAAAUGAAAUUUCCCAUGAACAGGGGAAAGUACAUGCUUAUGCCCCUCAUUGAUGAGCUAGCUAUAACAAAUAUGUGGGGCAUAAUUCAGAUGGAGGAUAUGUCGUCGCUGGAGGUAUACAUUGAGGAAUGCUUUGACGUUAAUGCUACUCAAUCGACAUCAAAUGCUGUUGUAUCUAGGCAUGAUGUCAUUGCAGGGGUGAAUGCAGGGAAGUUGUCAAAGGUUCCUGUACUAGACAUGGUUAUACAGGAGGAUGGCAGGUAUUUGCACAACGGUGCAUCAUUUGUGGAUGGGCAGGGAAGUGAUGAUGAUGCAGACGAUAACAUCAAUGGUGACGACAUGACAGAAUCUGAUGAAGAUGAUGGUGAUACUGUGACAUCAACUGCCCCGUCUAGCCACUUCACUAGAAUGUAUGAUCUCCCUGAAGGCUUUACUGAUGCGUGGAUGAGUGGAUCAGGUGAGAAAAGGUUUACCCCCGAUGGUGAGUUUGAGGUCGGUCAACAGUUUGACAACAAAGAACAAGUCAUCAAUAUGGUGAGCUUGUAUUCUAUCAAACGGAACCAAUUCUAUCGGGUGAUAGAGUCUGAUAAACACAAAUGGGUGGCACAAUGCAAAAGGAAGAAAGAAUGUCAUUGCCUCUGGAGAAUACGCGCCACAAAGAACAAAGGCAACCUUGACACCUUCACAAUUGUGCGUUAUACUGGACCUCAUUCUGCUUCAUGUGUAGGCAACAUCGACACUACAGAUCACGUGGCCUUGACAUCAGAAUUCAUCUGUAAAGAUGUGGUUGACAUUAUUCGCACUGAUCCUUCUCUUAAAGUGCAUACUAUCAUCGAGAUGUUGAAGGAAAAAUAUGGGUAUACGGUAUCUUACCGGAGAACAUGGAUGGGGAAGCAAAAGGCCAUAGCACAAAUAUUUGGCGGUUAGGAAAAGUCAUAUUUCGAAUUGCCCCGUUUCAUGACAGCGCUCCAACAUUCUAAUCCAGGAACUGUUGUUCAGUGGUACCCACCCCCCAAUGGUUCCACAGGUUAUAUGAUGUUUCAAAGAGUUUUUUGGACAUUCAAGGCCUCAAUAUCUGGUUUUAAGCAUUGUCGACCCGUACUUACUAUUGAUGACACACACAUGUAUGGAAAGUACAAGGGUACAUUGCUCGUGGCCAUGGGUUGUGAUGCGAACAACCAAAUUUUCCCAGUCGCCUUUGUAGUUGUUGAAUCCGAGAAUGGAGAUAGUUGGCCAUGAUUUAUGGCAUGUAUUAGGCAGUUUGUGACUGACAGGGAGUUGUGUGUCAUUUCAGAUAGACAUGGAGGUAUUGUCAGGGCAAUGAAUGAGGUGGGCAGUACCUGGGAGGAGCCUUAUGCGCAUCAUAGGCUUUGCAUCCGCCAUCUUGCAUCAAAUGUGCACACACAUUUCAAAGACAUUCAUUUAAAAAAUCUUUUUGUGUGGACCGCACGGCAACAUCAGAAAAAAAAUUUGAUGGUGGGCUCAAGAAGAUAGGUGAAAUGAGUAGGGAUGCACGCCAAUUUUUGGCCAACAUUCCUCCAGAAAUGUGGUCGCUGCACCACGAUGGCGGGUACAGAUACGGUACCAUCACUUCAAAUCUAGCUGAGGUUUUCAAUUGCGUCAUGAAAAAUGCUAGAUAUUUGCCCAUUACCGCGUUGGUCCAGGUGUCUUUUUACCGGGUUAAUGCCUACUUUGUGCAUAGGCGUGAAACCAGUAAAUUGAGGCUCACACAAGGCCACGAGUACUCCCCACACAUCACAGAUUUAAUUGAAAAAAAUAGAGAGAAGGCAAAGCAUCACAUUGUCACUCCAUUUGAUUUAGGGAGAGGUAUAUUUCAGGUGGAAACCGGUUGUGGUGGCCGAACGUUGGGAAAGGGUGGGAGAAAACAAACUGUCCACCUACAACGGAAAACUUGCACUUGUAAAAAGAUGCAGAUAUACAAGAUUCCAUGCUCUCAUGUAUUAGCCGUGUGUAGACAACGUAGUUUGUCUUAUGGUCCUUUUGUGGAUAAGUUCUUCUCAUCUGACCAAUACGUCGCCACAUAUCAUAGGGUGUUCAAACCGAUUCCUGAUCGUGAUUAUUGGCCAAAUUACAAUGGACCCGAAAUCGUGCACGAUCCAUCCAUGCUUCGGGCAAAGGGAAGACCAAAGUCGACCCGUAUUAAGAAUGAGAUGGAUGAAGGUCCACGAGGAACGGUUAGAUGUGGAAAAUGCCACCAAUCCGGCCAUAAUAGAGCGACAUGUGCGAAAAGAUCGUCUAGACAAGAGGGGGGGUCCGCCAGGUAAGGUUCUAUUUAGAGUCAAUCAUAAAUCAUGUUUUCCUUGCAGGGAAACUUAAUAAUUUCAAAAAGGAAUGUUAAAAAAAAGUAAUACAUUAUACAAUUAGAACUAAUACAAAUUUUAUUUGUUUGUAGGCAUGGAGGUGAUAGCGGAUCCUGCACCGAGUGAUCGUUCUGUCCUGACAUUGCAGGCCUCACACAGGAGUGAGGAUGUUUGUCUUGGCAUGGAUGUCCAGGUUGAUAGGUGCCGCGAGCACCUGCGGGGUUUGUCCCAUUUACAUGUCGACCCCAGAGUCCUAGCCUAUGUUCGUGUUGCUGGUUUUUUUACACUGCACAGAUUAGUGGCUACUGUGCCUCUUGAUAGAUCCCUUCUCACUGCUCUACUUGAGCGUUGGAGGCAGGAGACACACUCAUUUCACCUCCCUGUUGGUGAGGUGACUGUGACAUUGGGAGAUGUGGCUGUACUCACCGGGUUAGAGGUUCAUGGGAGAGCUGUUACAGGCACUACUUGUCGACAGUGGGUUGAUGAGUGUGAGCGGUUGUUAGGUAUCCGCCCCGUUCUUAGGACUGACCUUCAGGGGUCAUCUCUUAGGAUGCCGUGGUUGAGGGAGCACUUCCAGGUCCUUCCUCCCGACGCUGAUGAGGUGAUCAUCCAGCAGCAUGCUCGGGCGUAUAUAUUGAUGAUGAUGGGAGCCUCCAUUUUCGCUGACAAGAGCGGAAAUGAGGUUCAGGUGCUACACUUGCCUUUGCUGGAGAGGUUUGAUGUAGCAGCACAGUUCAGCUGGGGUAGUGCCACCCUGGCUUAUCUAUACAGGCAGCUGUGUCGCGGCUGCCAGAGAGGGAGCACAGAGCUGGGGGGAUUUUUGCUACUCCUCCAGAUUUGGUCAUGGGAGUAUAUCCACAUUGGCCGUCCCAUUAUAGUCGGAUAUCAUGGCAUUGAUGGACAGCCACUGCCUGAUGAGCCUCCACGUCUGCUAGGACCACAUCAUGUACGGGGCGAGGACCCUCUAGGCCGUCGGUGGCUAUAUGCUGGUCUAUCUCGCAUGUCAUCCGCAACUGGGCUCGGUGUCUACAGGGAUGCAUUGGAUCGGAUGUCUGAGGACCAGAUCACAUGGAUGCCGUUUAGACCUGAUAUGUUAGCAGAGUUGCCCCCAGCUGGACGAGAGCAUACUCACAUCUGGCGAGCACGUGUCCCGUUGAUAUGUUUUGACAUUGUUGAGCUGCAUUUGCCUGAUAGAGUCAUGCGACAGUUUGGGUUUGAGCAGGUCGUUCCACGUCCUAUCGACACUUAUGUAGAGCUGCAUAAGCUGGAUAGGCGUGGUAAGCAUACAGAGGAUUGGGCACUCAGACAUGUCCGAUACGUGACUAUGUGGGAAAGGAGAGCUGAGCUAGCUGUGGUUGGGACACCCACAUAUGUGCCAUCUGUUUCAGGAGACUACAUGGGAUGGUACUACAGCAUCACUCGGUUAUUUGUGUCUCCUUCGUUCAGACUCCCUACUCAUCAUUAUCAGCCUAGCUCCUUGGCUUUGCAUCUUACGACACGAGCUUUGCAGCGCAUACAUCAGCGGGCUACUGCCACUGUGACUGAUAUUCCUGAUGUGGACAUGUAUGGACAGGCUCUGACAGGCAUUGCCUCGUUGUGCUCAGAUGUGUUGGGCCGAGUAGACUACGGACAUCUUAUACACAUGCCCCCAUCUCAGGAGAUGGCAUCAACGUCUAGUGCAGCCGCGGCUUCAUCAUCCCAGACGCAACAUGAGAGAGUGGUUCUUCAACCACGACAACGCCGUAGGCAUAGACAUGAGCAGCAACAUCUCCAUGACGAAGCUGAUGAUGAGAACUUGUAGUUUGUCUUUUGUAUUGUAGUUUUUCUUAUGCAGUAGAUGUUGUACGAACAAUGUACAAGUUUUGAUGUUUUUUGUCUUGUUAAGUAUUGUAUGGUGUAUUGAUGUGUUCGAGUAUGAAUAUUAGAUGAUUACUUGUUAUGGCAUAUAUGAUGAUUGUAUUGUGUUAUUUCGGUUAUGAUUUGAAGGUUUUUUACGGGUGUU